AUGUCGCAGAGGGUCUGCCGUUCCAUCCACCUCCGCUUUCUUCCCAUCCUCAAAGAAGCUUCCGCGAGGUACAGGGUCGUCGACCUCCAGGAUCUGCUCCUCCGGCUCACCUUUGACAACAUAUGCGGCCUCGCCUUCGGCAAGGACCCGGAGACGCUCGCACUCGACCUCCUGGAGAACGCCUCCGCCGUCGCCUUCGACAACGCGGCCGAGGCCAGCCUCCAUCGCUUCAUCUUCCUCGAGUUUGUCUGGCGGUUCAACAAGUGGCUCCAAGUUGGCAUGGAGGCCACGCUCACGUGCAGCGUCGCGCACGUCGACGGCUACCUGUCGGCCAUUAUCAAGGCCCGGAAGCUGGAGCUAAGAGACGGCCGGAACUACGUCAACGUCCUCUCUCCCUUCUGCAGAAGGGCACUUACACCGACUCUUUUCUCCAGCAUGUGGUGGUCGCGCUCAGCUAGUUUUUUUAGCUGGUCACGGCGUAUAUUAGAGCCACAGAGAUGA